AUGCUAUUUGAAGGAGUAACUUACCGACCGUACGAUUUCCAAAGAUCUAGCAGAAGAAAGAGUGCAAUGAGUAUUCACACCUCCUUGCACUCCUGUGGAGUGAUGGAAGCAGUGAUGGAGGCAGUCAAGUAUCAUCAGGUUCGAGUUGCAGACGCUGCUACCCUCAACUUUGAAGAUUUAUCUACUUCGCAUGCCCAAAUAAAUUCACGUUUCAACUCUCGCCCGCUACUACCUUGUCUGCAAAUCCUGUAA